AUGAACAUAUGUCAGAAGUCUGUUUGCGAUAAACUGAGGGUCUCUGGUUGGAAUUUUAUCAAGUGUUAUGAAGAUUCGACAAACUUAAUACCUAAUUGCACGCAGCCUUUGAUUCUGACAGCCUACCAAUAUCUGGAUAUUGAUGAGACAAAAUUAGAAGUGGCUGUAAUAUUGAUGACACCUUUGGUGGACUAUUCUAAUCAGAAAUUUAAUCUUUUAAAUAUGCAUAGUAUAAUAGAAACUAUUGAACAAAAUCGUAGUAUCUUUCUCAAUGAACUUCAUUCUGAGUAUGGAUCAGUUUUGAAGUGUGAUGUUCAUGAUGACAGCAAAACCAAUUUCAGCGUGAAAUUAGGUUGUUACGAAAAUGAAGCAGUAGGAUUAGAUUUGUGUGCUAGUGGAUUCAGCUGUCAGCAUUAA